AUGUCAUCGAGUGUCGAAUGUCCUGCACUUUUCAGUUGUGAAACAACUGGUACUGAUGAGUAUUCUUUGCUAAGUUCUCAAAAAGCGACAACAGAAACUCCUGGAUCAAAUGGUGGGUUUGUGCCUCUGAGAGAAUUUCUGGAUAAAUUUCCUUUACCAAGAGUCGUACGAAUUGAAGAUGGUGGAAGUCGACCAAUACUGUUGUACACGCAACAACCACGAUCAUUAAGAAUUACUGCAACUUUACUGAUGCAUCGUUAUCGACAUGAUAUCAAAGUUGGUCCAGAAAUUGUUAUCCCUGAAGGAUAUCCAGGCGAGUUAUAA